AUGCCUGCAUCCGCAACCUCUGCGUCAACAGCGAAUUCUGAAGAGCAACUUUUAGACAAUGGUCAAGGCGUGAUUGACCCGGAAGUUUACUUUAGCAUGAACAGACCGCCAGCCAAUUUGGGCGAGUUUGAAGAAAAGCUGACAGCUUUUGUGGAUCAUCACGAAAAGGUUGGCACUCGAAUGGUUCUAAUCACCAGUGGAGGCACAACAGUUCCUCUAGAGAAUCAAACUGUUCGGUUCAUUGAUAACUUUAGCAAUGGUAAUCGUGGUGCAGUCUCGGCUGAAUACUUUCUAGAUGCAGGCUAUGCUGUCGUGUUUAUGCAUCGACAGUUCAGUUUGGAGCCAUUUCAUCGCCACUACACGCAUAACCCGGCGCAUAAUUUUUUGGACUACUUACUGCCCAAAGAAGACGGAUCCGUAUGUGUGGAUCCUAAAUACGCGGGCGAAAUGAACAAAAUCCUGCUGAAAUAUCACAAGGCCAAAGAAUCCAAUCGAAUCUUGCUGUUGGACUUUGUCACCUUAUCUGAUUAUCUGUUUAAGCUGCAGAGCGGCACACGGAUCAUGGCCCGUUUACAGCAAAAGGCAAUGUACUAUCUUGCUGCUGCUGUGAGCGAUUUCUUUAUUCCAAAGCAGAAACUGGCAGAGCACAAGAUUCAAUCAAGAGGUGGUGCACUGACGCUGACAUUGGAUCAAGUGCCCAAAUUUUUGAAGCCGUUAGUUAGCAACUGGGCAGCCAAAGGCAUGAUCGUUUCCUUCAAGCUCGAAACGGACGUCAACUUAUUAGUACCAAAGGCGCGACAAGCAUUGAACCGAUAUGGCCAUCAAGUUGUGAUUGGUAACAUGCUGGCAACUCGCAAGCAGACAGUAACAAUGAUCAUGAACGACAAGGAGCGUGUGUUGUCAUUGUCACCUGAAGAAUUGAAAGAGAACGUCGAAAUCGAGAGCAAAAUCAUACCAGACCUUGUACAUAUUCAUGAUCAUUGGAUCAAAACGGGUGUUACUGCAUAG